UCUUGGCGAUCAUCCUUACCCGCGCGUACCUGGUCGCAGCUCUUGGCUCAGUUCGGGCCGAAGGAAAUGCACCGCCAGGAAGUCAUUUGGGAAUUGUGCUCGACCGAGCGAUCCUUCGUGCAGAAUCUCGCUAGCAUCUUGAAAGUCUUCGGGGUGCCGCUGCGAGACUAUCAAGGGCACUGGGAACGUGGCACGCCGAAGCUGAUGGCUAAAAUCUUCGAUUGGCUUGAGAGCAUCCUGCAGCUCCACAUUAAAAUCUCCACGUCAUUUGACACGGCUAGGGCAUCUCAUGCCACGCCAGUCAUCUUACAGAUUGCUUCCGCUGUCCUACGACAUGUGGAAGCUCUCGUCGUUCACCAACCCUACCUGGUGCGCUUUGAAGAGGCCAACGCUCUGUUGGAGCAGAUACUGCAUGCCCCAGAGCCUCUACCGUUUGCCUCUUUUGUUCAAGACCAACUACGGCUGCGGGAGUGCGGCUCUAUGAGCCUGGGUAGCUUCUUGCUAAAGCCAAUACAACGUCUCAUGAAGUAUCCGCUGUUCUUCAAGGUG